UACCCUAAUCAUAAAACCAUAGACUCACUCUGAUAUUGGCAAAUCCUCACGGAAGCCAUUAUACAAGAAGAAGAAAAGUACUUGACACUUUUGACAGUGACAACUUGGUAGUAUUAUACUAAAUGAAGGUCCUCUUGCAUAUUUUGUAAAAAAAUAUUGCUUAAACUACAAAUAAGGCUUCCAGAAUCUUUUUAAUCAAUUAUAACAGAAAAAUUAAAUGUGUCUAUAUUUAACUAUGUUUGCGUAUGUAUGAAAUUAAAAGAUUUUUUUAAAAAAGUUUAUUUAAGUAUUCUGUGAGCUUGUGAUACUCAUUUAUUGUGCUUAAGAAGUUUGUAGUCUGGCAUAAAUUUUUGUAUACUUCACAUAACUAAAACACUAUGGCUCCACCUAAGAAAGUUAAAAAGUAUGAUUCUAAGAGUGGAAAUGACAGAUCAGGCAAGAAAAAGAAAAUUGAAGAAGAUAUUACAAUUGAUCUGGUAGAUGAUGAUAACACAGAAAAUGCAGGAGUUCCAGGGGCAGCUAUGCAAGAUGCUGAGAAAAAUGAUCAAGUACCAGAAGAUGAAUUUGGUGCCAAAGAUUACAGGAGUCAAAUGGAGCUGAAACCGGACAGUGCCAGUCGUCCUUUAUGGGUAGCACCCAAUGGUCAUAUAUUUCUUGAAGCCUUUUCACCUGUUUAUAAACAUGCCCACGAUUUUCUCAUAGCGAUUGCUGAACCCGUAUCUAGGCCUCAACAUAUACAUGAAUACAAAUUAACAGCAUACAGUUUAUAUGCUGCAGUAUCAGUGGGGUUGCAAACAAAUGAUAUUGUAGAAUACUUACAAAGGCUCAGCAAAUGCACCGUACCUGCUGGAAUUAUAGAAUUUAUUCAACUUUGUACUUUGUCAUAUGGAAAAGUGAAGCUCGUUUUAAAACAUAACAGGUACUUGGUGGAGAGUAAGCAUGUGGACGUGCUGCAAAAGUUGCUGCGUGACCCUGUAGUGCAGCAGUGCCGCUUGAGACGCGACGGCGAUGAUGAUCUGCUUGCCUCAGCUUUGCCCUCGCAGUCCGCACCUCCCACGCUAGCUGCCAAACCAGAAGAAAAACCAGGAUCAAACGGAGCUGUUCCCGAGGAUAUCAGCCAGUUUUACCAACAAUUGGACAAAGACGAUGAUGAAGAUGAGACCACAGACAUCACCGCAAAGAACACUGCAGUGGCCUUUGAAGUGGACCCUGAUAAAAUUGAAGUUAUACAAAAACGCUGUAUCGAAUUGGAAUAUCCUCUUCUAGCUGAGUAUGAUUUCCGGAACGAUUCUGUGAACCCUGACAUUAAUAUAGACUUGAAGCCGACUGCUGUGCUACGUCCCUACCAAGAGAAAAGCUUACGGAAAAUGUUCGGAAACGGACGAGCAAGGUCGGGCGUGAUCGUGCUGCCGUGCGGCGCGGGCAAGUCGCUGGUGGGCGUGACGGCCGUGUGCACGGUGCGCAAGCGCGCGCUCGUGCUCUGCAACUCCGGCGUGUCCGUGGAGCAGUGGAAGCAGCAGUUCAAGUGCUGGUCCACGGCCGACGACAGCAUGAUCUGCCGGUUCACAUCCGAGGCGAAGGACAAGCCCAUGGGCGCCGGCAUCCUGAUCACGACGUACUCCAUGAUCACGCACGGCCAGCGUCGCUCGUGGGAGGCGGAGCAGACGAUGAAGUGGCUGCAGGCGCAGGAGUGGGGGCUGGUGGUACUGGACGAGGUGCACACCAUCCCCGCCAAGAUGUUUCGCCGCGUGCUCACCAUUGUACACUCGCACGCCAAGCUCGGUCUGACGGCGACUCUGCUACGCGAGGACGAUAAGAUCGCCGACCUGAACUUUUUGAUCGGGCCGAAGCUGUACGAAGCCAACUGGCUGGAGCUGCAGGCGCACGGCUACAUCGCGCGCGUGCAGUGCGCCGAGGUGUGGUGCCCCAUGACGCCCGAGUUCUACCGCGAGUACCUCGUGCAGAAGAUAAACAAAAAGAUGCUGUUAUAUGUAAUGAAUCCAUCCAAGUUCCGAGCUUGUCAGUUCCUAGUCCGCUACCACGAGAGACGUGGAGACAAAACAAUAGUGUUUUCGGACAACGUGUUCGCAUUGCGACACUACGCAGUCAAAAUGAAUAAACCAUACAUUUACGGUCCGACAUCACAGAACGAAAGAAUACAGAUAUUGCAGAACUUUAAGUUCAAUCCCAAAGUGAACACAAUAUUCGUUAGCAAAGUCGCGGACACUAGCUUUGACCUUCCAGAAGCCAACGUUCUCAUACAGAUAUCAUCGCACGGAGGCUCCAGGAGACAGGAAGCGCAGAGAUUGGGGCGUAUUUUAAGGGCAAAAAAAGGAGCAUUAGCGGAAGAAUACAAUGCGUUCUUCUACACAUUAGUUUCACAAGAUACCUUAGAAAUGGCCUACAGUCGUAAAAGACAACGUUUCCUUGUUAAUCAGGGCUAUAGUUACAAGGUUAUAACGGAAUUAAAAGGAAUGGACCAAGAACCCGACUUGUUCUACGGCACUAGAGAGGAGCAAGGAAUGUUAUUACAACAAGUGUUGGCCGCGUCGGAGACAGACUGCGAGGAGGAGCGCGAGGGCGCGACGGCGGGCGCGCGGCGCGCUCCCGGCUCGCUGGCGUCGCUGGCCGGCGCCGACGACGCGCUCUACCUGGAGCAGCGCCGCGCCGCGCAGCACAACAAGCACCCGCUCUUCAAGAAGUUCCGCUACUGAACACUCCCCGCGGUCUCCGCGGUGGCGUGCUCGCUGGCUUCGCUGGCCGGCGCCGACGACGCGCUCUACCUGGAGCAGCGCC